AAGUCACUGAAUGUGUCAGUCAGCAGGCGGUGCCCUUUGAUGCCCGCAGCCACAGCCGCUCUUUCGGCCGAAACGUGCUAUUAAUGCUGCUGCCGGGCCGUGUCACCCAUCGCGGCAACUUCUGUUUGCUUUCACACUUUUUGCACUGGCUCUGACCGCCACCGUUUGGACCAGAGAUAAACCGCAAGCGCUUCUGCUCGUUUCAUAUAAAGGAAAAGGAUACAGUUUAAGUUUUUAUUUUUGGAAAAAGAAAAAAAAAAAUGCCUCAGCUGAAUAGCGGCGGAGGGGACGAUUUCGGGGCUAACGAUGAAAUGAUUUCUUUUAAGGAUGAAGGAGAGCAAGAGGAGAAAAUCCAAGAAAACGCACUCACCGAAAGCGAUUUGGCGGACCUGAAAUCGUCUUUGGUGAACGAAUCGGAAAUAAAUGUGAAUCCGAAUUCGGGAGCGGAUCAGGGGGUGGUCAGACGGGGACAGCAGGGCGAGCACGGAGUCCUAACGGGCAAACAUGCAGACGGGUCUAAACAUCAAGACAGAGAUCGAUACAAAGCGUCUGCCUUUUCAGGAUACCAGUUCAUGAUGCUGUCUGACCCAUAUAGCGGAUCCCUGUCACCGUCGUCAAACAGCAUGCCCGUGGUCCAGCAGCAGCACGGGACGCACCCCCUCAGUUCGCUGCGGCCAUACUCCAGUGAACCCUUCCGGCCCAGCUCUCCGCAGCUGCCCACAGACACGAGUCAGAAGCCAGGUGUUCACAGGCCACAGUGCCAGGACAUAACAGCGUUUUAUUCCCUCCCCCCAGGCAGCGUGGGACAGAUCCCACACCCCAUGGGCUGGCAAAGCCAGCCUGUCUGUCCGCUGUCCUCCUGCGGCUUCGGGCAGUCUUACCCCCCCAACCACCCUUGCAGCUCCUCCUUCGCUCGGUUUCCUCAUUCUUUCAUGUUGGGACCUUCAAGCAUGCAUGCAACAGGGAUACCCCAUCCUGCCAUAGUGCCCCCUACUGGCAAACAGGAUGACGAUGAACCAUGUGACAGAAAUACUUACUCUAGAAAGCUACAGUCUGAGAGCAGGCAGGAGAGGGAGCCCAAAAAGCCAGUCAUCAAGAAGCCACUGAACGCCUUCAUGCUCUACAUGAAAGAGAUGCGGGCGAAAGUGAUCGCAGAGUGCACGCUGAAGGAGAGCGCGGCAAUAAACCAGAUCCUGGGCCGGAGGUGGCACGCCCUGUCCAGGGAGGAGCAGGCCAAGUAUUAUGAGCUGGCCAGGAAAGAGCGGCAGCUUCACAUGCAGCUCUACCCCAGCUGGUCUGCCCGGGACAACUACGGGAAGAAAAAAAAGAGGAAGAGAGAGAAGCAGCAGGAUGCCAGCUCAGAUGCCAGCUCUCCUAUGAAAUGCCGGGCCCGGUUUGGCCUCAGUCAGCAGACAGACUGGUGUGGUCCCUGCAGGAGGAAAAAGAAGUGCAUUCGCUACCUUCAAGGAGAAGGAGAGUGUGGGAGCCCCCCUUCUUCCAACGGCAGUGCUGUAAAUUUACCUUGCUCCCCGGCUGACACCCCUGCCCCCUGCUGUCCUCAGUCUUGCCGGAGCGUGCACGCCCUCUCUGCCCUGAGAAACCUUCACAGUCUCCACACUGCUUCUGAAAGCUUUAGUGGUGCUGCUCCCUCAGGCUCCGCCUCCAUCGCACUCUCAUUGUUAUCACCCUGCACUGCCACCGCCAGAACAAACCUAUGGGAACGAGCGCAGUGACACGGCCCAACCACACGGGCGGCGAGGCUGGCCUCGCUGGAGAGCUAAUAACCCACAUCUUUACAGACAGAGCCGCUGCUCUGCCUGCCGCUACGAGUGACCUGGCGGCACUUAAAUGUCAUUAUAAGCCAAGCAAAAGGUAAAACAGAACAGCAUACCGCGUUUGCCUCGUACCACUUUCAACGAUAAGCCUGCACCCCCCCCUUUUUUAAGCACAAGUUUGUUUAAUGUUAAUACACGGAGAACAUAUAGAACCUUCUUCUUUGUUUAAAUAGUUUAUUGGAACAGGUUCUAAUUCCAAAUCCUUUGUAAUUACCAAACAUUUCAAAAGAAUCUUUGUAUUCACAUUUGUUACAAAGCAAUUGUAAUUAUCAAGAGUUUAACAUAAUUUAGGUAUGUCCAGGAAGGGAAGUUCAGCACUGAAAGAAAAUUUACUUCUAGUUACCAUUGUACUACUUUUGUAAAACUACAGAUUAGACUUUACAUCCUCGGAUGU